GCGGUCCCAGAUGAUGACCAGCUUCACAGACCCCGUGGUCUCCAUGGACCUCCUGCGAGCCGUCCUGCAGCCCAGCAUCAACGAGGAGAUCCAGGCCGUCUUCGGCAAGUACAUGAAGUUUUUCCAAAAGGCGGCAGGCAACGUGCGUGAGAAUGUCGGGGAGGACGUGGACACGGAGCAGCUCAUCCAAGAGGCCUGUCGCAGCUGCCUGGAGCAG